CUGCGGUACUUUGCACGUGGUUCUGGUUCUGGGAGCACCCAUCAGCCCUGUCCGGGGCUCCAGUUGAACUAGGUGAUCCGAGAAGCCCUUUCCAACCUUAACGAUUCAGUGAUCCCCUGGGGGUGAUGCCGAGCACCGGGAUCUGUAAGGAUGUAUUAACACUACAUGCAGUAAGAUAUAUGAAUAUAUUAUUUGAAAGGAAACAAACAACCGAGCUGAGGGCACUUUAAAAACGUUCAAGCGCGUUAAAAACGGCGAUACCCGGGUGGGAGGGAGGAGAAAAUUUUUUUUUUUUUUCUUUCCCUCCAGGCAUCUGAUUUACUCCGUGACUCUGAUGCUUAUCAACAACGCGUGAAGAUUGCAAUAAGGAUCCUCCCUGAAAGGCGAGGAGGAGUGACUUCCAGGGGGUUGGGAGGAGGUGGAGUGCAGCUCUCGCCUAUAAGGAGGUGCCCAGCGCCCGGUGCCGCUUCCAGCUGCAGCUCGCGAGGUGCAUUGCCGCGGCGGCAGCCGGGCUGAGCGCUCGGCUCGGGCGCUGCCGCCGCUGUUCGGAACGGCUCCCCGUACCAGGGCCGCCGUGCAGCGUCUCUCGGCUGCCCCUGCACCCGGACUGCCUGGAUGCUGCAUGGAGUAAAUGAGCGGAGAAAAAGGGAGAGCACAGAGGCUGAGAAGCGCUCGGAGAGCGAGAGCGGGGGAGACAGGCGGGCGUCUGCUGGCUUCCCCCCGCUGGGCUGAAGAUGGAUUCCCCAGCCCUCGGGGCUGUCGCUUUGCUGCUCGCCGGUUUUUGGCACCUGGGAUUAACCGCGACAAAUUAUAAUUGUGACGGUGCGUUGGUAUCUACCUUACCUUCAUCAGCCUUUACCAGUUCUUCUGAUUUCUUCAGUACUCACAGUCCCAGCUUUGCAAAGCUCAACAGGCGAGAUGGAGCUGGAGGCUGGUCCCCUCUGGACUCCAACGAGCAGCAGUGGCUCCAGGUUGAUCUUGGAGACAGAGUGGAGAUUGUUGGGGUCGCUACCCAGGGCAGGUAUGGGAGCUCUGACUGGGUAACCAGCUACACGCUGAUGUUCAGUGACACCGGCCGCAACUGGAAGCAGUACAGAAAAGACGACACUGUUUGGGUUUUCACAGGGAACAGCAAUGCUGACAGUGUGGUUCACCACAAACUCCUGCACUCCAUGAAAGCUCGCUUCUUGCGCUUCAUCCCUCUGAAGUGGAAUGUUGGUGGUCAUAUAGGGCUGAGAGUGGAGGUCUUCGGCUGUUCUUAUAAGUCGGAUAUUGCAGACUUUGAUGGCAGAAGCUCCCUCCUCUACAGGUUCAAUCAGAAGCUUAUGAGCACAUUCAAAGAUGUGGUUUCCUUAAAGUUCAAAAGCAUGCAGGAGGAUGGAGUCUUAUUCCACGGAGAAGGACAACGUGGAGACUAUAUUACCCUGGAACUGCAGAAGGGGAAGCUCUCCUUGCACAUCAACCUGGGGGACUCCAACCUGCACUUCACUAACAGCCACACAUCCAUCACCCUGGGCAGCCUCCUGGAUGACCAACACUGGCACUCAGUUCUCAUAGAGCGCUUCAACAAGCAGGUGAACUUCACAGUGGACAAGCAUACUCAGCAUUUUCGGACGAAGGGGGAUUCGGAUCACUUAGAUAUUGAUUACGAGCUCAGCUUUGGAGGCAUUCCUGUCCCAGGGAAACCAGGAACCUUUCAGAGGAAAAACUUCCAUGGCUGCAUUGAGAACCUUUAUUACAAUGGAGUCAAUAUAAUUGACCUGGCAAAAAGGCGCAAACCUCAGAUCUAUACUGUGGGGAAUGUGACCUUUUCCUGCUCAGAACCACAAAUUGUUCCCAUCACCUUUGUCAGCUCCAGUAGAAGCUACUUAUUACUGCCUGGAACUCCUCAAAUUGAUGGGUUGUCAGUCAGUUUUCAGUUUCGAACGUGGAAUAAAGAUGGCUUACUCCUGUCCACCGAAUUGUCUGAAAAUUCAGGAUCUCUUUUGGUUUAUCUCCACGGUGGGAGAUUGACACUUCUUAUUCAGAAAAUGGCAGAAGACCCAGUGGAAAUCAGUGAAGGAUGCCCUGACAACUUCACGGAUUCCCAAUGUUUAAAUCCCAUUACUGCUUUUCAAGGCUGUAUGAGGCUCAUCUUUAUUGAUAACCAGCCCAAGGACCUCAUUUUAGUUCAGCAAGGCUCCCUGGGGAAUUUUAGUGAUUUACACAUUGAUCUGUGUGACAUCAAAGACAGAUGUUUGCCUAACUACUGUGAACAUGGAGGAAAAUGCUCUCAGUCCUGGACCACCUUUUACUGCGACUGUAAUGACACUAGUUACACGGGGGCAACCUGUCAUAAUUCCAUCUAUGAACAAUCAUGUGAGGCUUACCGGCACCAAGGGAAGACGUCAGAUUUCUUCUACAUUGAUUCUGAUGGAAGUGGACCGCUUGGACCGCUCCGGGUUUUUUGCAAUAUAACAGAAGACAAGAUCUGGACUGCAGUGCAACACAACAACACAGGGCUAACCAGAGUUCAAGGAGCUGGUCCAGAGAAGCCCUACACCAUGUCCUUUAACUACAACAGCAGCUCAGAGCAGCUUGAAGCUGUGAUAAACAGUGCGGAGUACUGCGAGCAAGAGGCAGCCUACCACUGCAAAAAGUCACGUCUCCUCAACACCCCGAAUGGAAUACCAUUUGCUUGGUGGGUUGGACGUGCCAAUGAAAAGCAUCUUUACUGGGGAGGAUCACUUCCGGGCAUUCAGCAGUGUGCAUGUGGACUGGAAGAAAGUUGUCUGGAUAUGAGAUAUUUUUGCAACUGUGACGCAGAUAGAGAAGAAUGGACAAAUGAUACCGGCCUCCUUGCUUUCAAAGACCAUUUGCCUGUAACUCAGAUAGUGAUCACUGACACAAACAGAUCAAAUUCUGAGGCUGCUUGGAAAAUCGGUCCUUUGCGUUGCUAUGGAGACAGGCAGUUCUGGAACGCCGCUUCCUUCAACACAGAGGCUUCCUACCUGCACUUCCCCACCUUCCAUGCUGAGGUCAGCGCAGACAUCUCCUUCUUCUUCAAAACUACAUCUCUCUCUGGGGUAUUCUUGGAAAACCUUGGGAUGAAAGACUUCAUACGAGUUGAAAUAAGAUCCCCCAAAGAGAUCACCUUUUCCAUAGAUGUUGGAAAUGGCCCCACAGAAGCAACCGUGCAAUCUCCCACACCCCUAAAUGACAAUCAGUGGCACUAUGUCCGAGCAGAGCGGAACCUCAAGCAAACCAGUCUCCAGGUGGACAACCUCCCCAAGAAGGUUCUGGAGGCACCUGCAGAGGGGCACUUUCGGUUGCAGCUCAACAGCCAAUUAUUUGUAGGAGGAACAGCUUCCAGACAAAAGGGCUUUUUGGGAUGCAUUCGAUCUCUGCAUUUAAAUGGACAGAAACUUGACCUUGAAGAAAGAGCUAAAAUGACUCCUGGUGUUAAACCUGGAUGUCCAGGGCACUGCAGUAGUUAUGGUAAUCUGUGCCAUAAUGGAGGAAAAUGCGUGGAGAAGUACAAUGGGUAUUCUUGUGAUUGCACUGGCUCAGCCUACGAAGGGCCCUACUGCAAGGAAGAGGUUUCUGCUUUAUUUGAAGCUGGCACUUCUAUUACCUAUAUUUUCCAAGAACCUUAUCCUGUCACAAAAAACACAAGCACUUCAAGUUCUGCCAUUUAUGCGGAUGCCAUCAUGUCCAAGGAAAAUAUUGCAUUUAGCUUUCUUACGGCACAUGCUCCAAGCCUUCUGCUGUACAUCAACACCUACUUCCAUGAAUAUUUGGCUGUGAUUCUCUCCAAGAAUGGAAGUUUACAGGUUCGAUACAAGUUGAGUAAGGAUGGACUGCUCAUCUUCACAAUCGACUCUGGAAAUUUUGCCAACCGAGAGAUGCAUCGCGUGAAGAUAAACAGAGAAGGCAGAGAGCUCAUCAUUCAGGUUGAUCAAGUUAUCAAACUCAAACACAACUUUUCUGAGAUUGAUUUUAAGGCCAUCAAAUCUCUUACUUUGGGCAAGGUCACAGACAGUUUAACAAUGGACCCUGAAGUCUCAAAGGCAAAUGCCUACGGUUUCACUGGCUGCAUGUCUUCUGUUUGGUAUAACCACAUCGCUCCCCUGAAAGCUGCUUUACGCCAUCCCAGCAUUGCUCCUGUGACAGUCAAGGGUUCCUUGACUGAAUCCAGCUGUUCAUCCCUAACAGAAGCUGACGUGAACACAGCAACCACCAUAUAUUCCUCUUCAGAUCCGUUUGGGAAGACAGACGAAAGGGAGCCACUCACCAAUGCCGUCAGAAGCGACUCUGCUGUGAUUGGAGGUGUAAUAGCAGUUGUGAUAUUCAUCAUCUUUUGCAUCAUCGCCAUCAUGAGCAGAUUCCUCUAUCAGCACAAACAGGCACAUCGAAGUAGCCAAACAAAGGAGAAGGAAUACCCAGAAAAUCUUGAGAGCUCUUUUAAAGCUGACACUGACUUGCAGAACACAGUGAGCGAGUGCAAACGAGAAUAUUUUAUUUGAUGGACAAUGCAAUUUCUUUUUACUCUUACUCCCCUGAACUUCCUUCCUCCCUUUCUUUCU